AUGGACUACGGCCUCCCUGAUCAUACGGGAGUCAAUCACGACCUCCCUCUUUCAGAACAGCACAAAGUUCCUGGAAGAGGUCGUGGGUUUCUUCAGAGGAGGCCCCUGAUUGGAGGUAGUGGUCAGUUUCAGCGAGCUCAAGUUGAUAUGGAAACACAGAUACACCAAAUAGAGCAAGAUGCUUAUGCUUCUAUCUUGCGAGCAUUUAAAGCUCAAUCAGAUGCCCUCACUUGGGAGAAAGAAAGUUUAAUCACAGAACUAAGAAAAGAACUGCGAGUAUCAGAUGCAGAACACAGAAAACUUCUCUCCAUGGUUAAUGCUGAGGACAUUAUGAGUGAGAUAAGGGUCUGGAGAACUGCUACAGAAUCACGCAAGAAAAGAAAGACCUUGCAAUCAGUAGCUCCGAUGCCAUUGGAGAUUGAUCAUUUCCAGACGUCUGCUGAAGAUCUUAGAUGGAAAAGCCGCGGAUUGCCGAAGCCUGUUUCUCAUGGUAAUGCUGUUGCACUUGCUAGAAGAGGUGGGGGUUCCACGAAAGAUGACUCCAGAGCCCAUACUCAUGCAUCUCUAAUUGGCACUGAGAGGGACUCUUUUGGUGAUAUUGAGAUUCUCCACACUGACACCCUGAUUAAGCAGGUGGAGCAAGUAUUGAGUGCAAAUCAUCCUGAUCCAGCUGAUUUGGAGAAAGUAAAGAAAGUGCUUAAGGACCAUGAGAAAGCCCUUAUCGAUGCAAUUGCGAGGCUGGACGAUGCUUCUGAUGGUGAAAGUGGUAAUAACUGA